ACAGCGGUCAUGACGAAGAUGCAGCAUAAGAACCUGGUGCGUCUGCUGGGCGUGAUCCUGCACCAGGGGCUCUACAUCGUCAUGGAGCACGUGAGCAAGGGCAACCUGGUGAACUUUCUACGGACUCGGGGCCGGGCCCUUGUAAACACCCCUCAGCUCCUGCAGUUUUCCUUGCAUGUGGCCGAGGGCAUGGAAUACCUGGAGAGCAAGAAGCUGGUGCACCGAGACCUUGCUGCCCGCAACAUCCUCAUUUCUGAAGACCUGGUGGCCAAGGUUAGUGACUUCGGCCUGGCCAAAGCUGAGCGAAAGGGGCUGGACUCCAGCCGGCUGCCCGUCAAGUGGACAGCGCCCGAGGCACUCAAACAUGGGAAAUUCUCCAGCAAGUCCGAUGUCUGGAGUUUCGGGGUGCUGCUGUGGGAGGUCUUCUCAUAUGGCCGGGCUCCAUACCCCAAGAUGUCGCUGAAGGAAGUGACAGAGGCCGUGGAGAAGGGGUACCGCAUGGAGCCCCCUGCGGGCUGCCCGGGCCCUGUCCACACCCUUAUGAGCAGCUGCUGGGAGGCAGAGCCUGCCCGCCGGCCACCCUUUCGAAAACUGGCCGAGAAGCUGGCCCGGGAGCUGCGCAGUGCGGGAGCCACUGGCCCUGUUGACGGACAGGAUGCUGAUGGCUCCACCUUGCCCUGUGGCCAGGACCCCUGACCCUACCCAGCGGGGGCUGUAGGCCCCAGAGGACAAAGAGAGUGGGGGACUCUUGAUGGGUGGGGGCAUGGGCCAGGCCUGAGGAAGGUCAGGGCCAGCAAGCUGCCCACCUAG